AUGGAAGAUAUUUUGAAUUUUGAUCAAGACUUUAAUGUGGCUCUACUUGAUCGUAUUGUUCAUACAUUUUACCAAGGAUCUGGUGCAGAGCAACAACAGGCGCAAAGAGUCCUGACACAAUUCCAGGAACAUCCUGAUGCAUGGAUGAGGGUUGAUACAAUUUUGGAAAAAUCGAAUGUUCUUCAGACAAAACAUAUUGCACUUUCUAUCCUUGAUAAACUUAUAUCCACACGAUGGAAAAUCCUUCCUAGAGAACAUUGUCAGGGUAUUCGAAAUUUUGUUGUUGCCAUCAUGAUUAAAACAUCUUCCGAUGAAGCAACGCUUCAUAAAGAAAAACAAUACUUAAAUAAGCUUAAUCUCACUCUUGUACAGAUUCUUAAACAAGAGUGGCCAAAAAACUGGCCUACAUUUAUUCCUGAAAUUGUUAACGCCUCAAAAACAAAUCUUUCUUUAUGCGAAAAUAAUAUGGCUGUUCUUAAGCUUCUUAGUGAAGAAAUUUUUGAUUAUUCUGCGGAACAAAUGACUCAACUUAAAACAAAAAAUCUCAGAACACAAAUGUCCGGAGAAUUUUCUGAAGUUUUUCAGUUAUGCUCUGAAAUUCUUGAAAAAGCUCAAAAAACAAGUUUAAUUUUAGCAACACUAGAGACAAUUCUCAGAUUUUUGAAUUGGAUUCCACUUGGCUUUAUUUUUGAAACGAAUAUCAUUGAAACUUUAUGUACAAGAUUUCUUGAAGUAACUGAAUUUAGAAAUGUAACAUUAAAAUGCCUGACCGAAAUUGCUGGUCUAUCAGUUAUGUCACAAUAUGAUGAAAAGUUCGUAAAUCUUUUAAAUUUAACAAUGUCUUCGGUUAAUAAUAUUAUUCCUUUAAAUACUGAUUUUAGAGCCGCCUAUGACACAAGUAGCUCUCAAGAACAAGAUUUUAUCCAGAAUCUUGCCCUUUUCCUUUCUACGUUUCUUGGAGCACACGUAAAGCUUGUUGAAAAUCAAGAAAAUAAGGAUCUUCUUUUGAAUGCUCAUUUCUAUUUAAUUAAAAUAUCUCAAGUAGAUGAACGAGAAAUCUUUAAGAUUUGUCUAGAAUAUUGGUCCAAACUUGUAGCAGAACUUUACGAAGAAAUACAACAACUCCCUAUUGCAGAUAUUAAUCCUCUUUUAUCUCUUAAUUUAUCUGCAAGUCUUGCUAGUGGCGGUGCUACACCUGCUAGCAUGUAUGCAAAUAUUCCACUUCGAAAACAUAUUUAUUCAGAAGUAUUAUCAAAUUUACGUAUUGUUAUGGUAGAGAAAAUGGUAAAACCAGAAGAAGUUUUAAUAGUUGAAAACGAUGAAGGAGAAAUUGUUAGAGAAUUUGUAAAGGAAAGUGAUACUAUUGUUUUGUACAAAAGCAUGAGGGAAUGUCUUGUUUAUUUAACUCAUUUGGAUGUUGUAGAUACUGAAAUUAUUAUGUCUGAUAAACUUGCUAGACAAAUCGACGGAAGUGAAUGGUCAUGGGCUAAUUUAAAUACACUUUGUUGGGCCAUUGGGUCCAUUUCUGGUGCUAUGAAUGAAGAAACUGAAAAGCGAUUUUUAGUUAUGGUUAUUAAAGAUCUUCUUGGUUUAACGGAAAUGAAACGAGGAAAAGAUAAUAAAGCGGUUGUUGCUUCAAAUAUUAUGUACAUCGUUGGUCAAUAUCCUCGUUUUUUAAAAGCACACUGGAAAUUUUUGAAAACUGUAGUAAAUAAACUUUUUGAAUUUAUGCAUGAAACUCAUGAAGGUGUACAAGAUAUGGCAUGUGAUACUUUUAUAAAAAUUGCACAAAAAUGUCGAAGGCAUUUUGUAGCACAACAAACAGGGGAGCAUGAACCUUUUAUAGAUGAGAUUGUUCGGAACUUACACAAAAUUACUGAAGACCUUUCUCCUCAGCAGGUACAUACAUUUUAUGAAGCUUGUGGAUAUAUGAUUUCCGCUCAACCAUCUAAAACUAUUCAAGAAAGAUUGAUUUCAGAACUUAUGCAAUUACCCAAUGCAGUGUGGGAUAAUAUUAUACAACAAGCUGGUCAAAACGUAGAUGUUUUAAAUGAUAAUGAAACUAUUAAAAUAAUAGGAAAUGUUCUUAAAACAAAUGUAUCUGCAUGCUCUUCAAUUGGAAGUUAUUUUUAUCGGCAAAUUGGGAAAAUAUACAUGGACUUGCUAGGUCUUUAUAGAGCUGUAAGCACGAUCAUUUCUGAUACUGUAGCAUCUCAAGGAAAUAUUGCUACAAGAACUCCUAGAACAAGAAGUUUGCGAACUGUAAAAAAAGAGAUUCUUAAGCUUAUUGAAGUAUAUGUCAGUAAAGCUGAUGAUCUUGAAACUGUUAAUAAUAUUUUGAUACCUCCUCUUUUAGAAGCCGUUUUAGGAGAUUACAAUAGGAAUGUUCCUGAUGCACGGGAUAGUGAAGUCCUGAAUAUGAUAACUACAAUUAUCUCAAGACUUGGUGGUUUAAUGAUAGAUGCAAUUCCUUUAGUUUUACAAUCUGUAUUUGAAUGUACUCUUGAUAUGAUUAAUAAGGAGUUUACAGAAUUUCCUGAACAUCGUGUUGGGUUUUUCAAAUUAUUACAUAUUAUAAAUCUUAAUUGUUUUCCUGCUCUUCUAAGACUUCCUGCACCACAAUUUAAACUUAUAAUAGAUAGCAUAAUGUGGGCCAUCAAACAUACAACACGCGAUAUUGCAGAAAUCGGCCUCAAUAUAUGUCUAGAACUUAUUAAUAAUAUUGCAAAUACAGAGCCAAAUGUAGCAAAUUCUUUUUUUCAGCAAUAUUUUCUUUCGAUUCUUCAAGAUAUAUUUUUUGUUUUAACAGAUACAGACCAUAAAUCUGGAUUUAAAUUACAAAGUGUAAUUCUUGCAAGAAUGUUUCAUUUAGUUGAAUCUGGAGCUAUUCAAGCAUCAUUAUAUACUCCUCAGCAAGUUCAAAAUGAAAAUACUCCAAACUCUGUAUUUUUACGAGAAUAUGUUGUUACUCUUUUAAAUAAUGCAUUUCCUCAUUUACAACUUGGACAGGUACAAAACUUUGUAUUAGGUUUAUUUUCCCUUAACAUGGAUAUCCCUAAAUUCAAACUUAAUCUCCGCGACUUUUUAAUACAACUUAAAGAGUUUUCUGGAGAUGAUAAUACGGAACUAUUUCAAGAAGAUCGUGAUAUGGAAUUAGAAGCUAAACAGAAAGCUGAUCGUGAACGCGCAUUAACUGUUCCGGGGAUGAUUAAACCUUCUGAGCUUCCAAAUAAUGAUGAGGAAGAAUUGUAA